AUGAGAACCAUCUUCCUUCCCUUGUUGCUCUUCAUUGCCGCCACUUCGGCCAACCCUGGUAGCUCCGGCAGCAGCGACUGCAAAUCAUGGUGCUCGGACAAGGGAAAGUCCUGCUUUUCCGAUUCCGAGAAAGGCUACGGCCAAUGCUUCGACUGCGGUCCCAGGAAGAACAACAAGUACAAGCAAUGGUGCGGAGGCAGGAACGGCAAAUGCUGCGAUACCUACAAAGACAACGACCAUUGUGGAAAAUGCGAUAACAAGUGCAAGGAUGGAAAGAGGUGCGACAAGAGUGAAUGCAAGAAGCCCUAG